GGGAUGGCGGGCACCGGCGCUAACGGGAGCGCGGGCGGUGCCGGUGCCCGGUGCCCGAGGAGGGCUGGCCCCGGUGGGCCGCGCUCCUCAAACCGGCCCCGCUGCUGCGGCUGCCGGCCUGGGACGCGGCGGAUGCUGAGGAUGCCGUGAUGGGCGCUGCGCCUGCCGGUUCUGCGCCGCUUCCCCCGGGCGCUCCCGUUCCUGGGCGGCAAAACCGGGCAGGGAGCCCCGCACCGAGCGGCUGGGGGUGGAUUCAAGCACCCUGGGCUGGCUAUGACCGGAAAAAACGUUUCGGAGCAGCGUCUCUCGCUGCCUCCACUCGUGUCCGGGAUCCCCCUGGCACUGACAUCUUUUAUUAAAAAUCCUUUCUUUAGGGCUUUUUCUCCUGAGAAGCUGAGAGGCCUCAAAACCGAAAUCGCCAGGGGAUCGGGGAGCCCAGUGUGUACCAUGCUGUGGUGGUGAUUUUCCUGGAGUUCUUUGCCUGGGGGCUGCUGACCACGCCAAUGCUGACGGUCUUACACCAGACUUUUCCUCAGCACACAUUCCUGAUGAAUGGUCUGAUUCAUGGAGUCAAGGGUCUGCUCUCUUUCCUAAGUGCCCCGCUGAUUGGUGCUCUCUCUGAUGUCUGGGGCAGGAAAUCCUUCCUCCUUCUCACCGUCUUCUUCACGUGUGCACCAAUUCCCCUGAUGAAGAUCAGCCCCUGGUGGUACUUUGCUGUCAUUUCCAUGUCUGGAGUGUUUGCUGUCACCUUUUCUGUGAUUUUUGCCUAUGUUGCUGAUAUCACGCAGGAGCACGAGCGCAGCACGGCGUACGGCCUGGUGUCAGCCACGUUUGCUGCCAGCCUGGUCACCAGCCCGGCCAUCGGCGCCUACCUGUCCCAAGCCUACGGUGACACCUUGGUGGUUGUGCUGGCUUCAGGGGUUGCUUUGCUGGACAUUGGCUUCAUCCUGCUGGCUGUGCCCGAGUCACUGCCUGAGGAGAUGCGUCCAGUCUCCUGGGGAGCCCCAAUCUCCUGGGAACAAGCUGACCCAUUCGCUUCCUUGAGGAAGGUGGGUCAGGACUCCACAGUGCUGCUCAUCUGCAUCACAGUCUUUCUCUCCUACCUUCCUGAGGCCGGCCAGUACUCCAGCUUCUUCCUCUACCUGAGACAGGUCAUUGGUUUUUCCUCAGAGACUGUAGCAGCCUUUAUUGGUGUCGUUGGAAUUCUCUCUAUACUGGCUCAGACAGUGGUGUUGGGAAUCCUCAUGCGCUCGAUAGGGAAUAAAAACACCAUCCUGCUGGGCCUGGGCUUCCAGAUCCUGCAGCUCGCCUGGUAUGGCUUUGGAUCACAGCCUUGGAUGAUGUGGGCAGCAGGAGCUGUGGCUGCCAUGUCCAGCAUCACCUUCCCAGCCAUCAGUGCCAUGGUGUCGAGGAGCACAGACCCUGACCAGCAGGGUGUGGUGCAGGGGAUGAUCACUGGAAUUCGGGGUCUGUGUAAUGGCCUGGGGCCAGCACUCUAUGGUUUUGUCUUCUAUCUCUUCCACGUGGAGCUGAACGAAAUGGCUGAGGUGGAAACGUUGGGCAAGGCCUCCAAACCCAACAUGGCCAACCCUACAGAUGAGAGCAGCAUCAUCCCUGGGCCACCCUUCCUGUUCGGGGCGUGCUCCGUGCUGCUGUCGCUGCUGGUGGCCCUGUUCAUUCCUGAACACAACCUGGCCCUGAGGUCAGGCAGCCACAAGAAGCACAGUGCAGGGGCUCAGGCUCACCCCCACAGCCCCCCAGCUGGGGGGUCUGAUGGCAAAGAGCCCCUCCUGGAGGACAGCAGUGUGUGAGGUGGGACAGGGGACCUGCCCCAGGCUCGACUCCACGUCAAGGAUGGACUCAGCAGGAGUUCAGGGAAGGGGAGAGGGAUCCAAGGUGACAGACUGUGCCACUGACAGCUCCUGAGGAGGGAUGAGGUUUCCCUUCGAGCCAAAUACACCCAGCUGGUGCAAAAAUGGAAUUGUAUCACCCGGUGCUGAUGGAAAGGGGAGAUAGGGAACUGCUCCACUGGAGGGAUGGUUCUGGAAAGCAAACCUGCCCUUGUGAGUGACCCCUGUGUGCCCUGCCAAACCCUCUGCCUGGGCUGUGCUUGGUGGGAGCUGCCCCUGGAAUCAAAUCUGGCCUUUGCUCCAUGCCCCAUCCCUGCCAGAGCUGUUGCUGCUGCUGGCCCUGGCAGCCCUGCAGGCUGUGGUGGCACCCUGAGGAGGGGACAGGGUGUGUGUGAAGCACAGGGGCUGCAGCUCUGAGCUUCCUCUCUGCUGGAGGGCCCCAUUCUGCCCCAAGUGAGACUUAGACCAAAAAAACAGAAAUCUGCUGACUUCAUGUUCUGAUGAAGAGGAUAAAAAUGAAGAAGUUGCAGCUGAGAAGGGCAACUCCACGAAUUACAAACACUUGGAUGGCCACAAUGGCUGUGGUUCUGUUUGGUUUUCUUUUCUCUUGUCACUCUGAGGUGGCAUUUGCCUGUUGCCUCCACAGGCAGUAGGUGGAAGAAUUUUUUCUUUUUCAGAAAUCUUUUCCUGGAGCUGUGAGGGUUGUUUAGGAGAUAAAAUUCUCUGGCAGGUUGGAGAAACAGCUUGGCUGUGCUGAGCACUUUGGAGAGGAGUGAUUUCCUGGGAGAAAGGUCAGAGAAAUGUCUGUUUACCUUGAGCAUUGUAUAAAGCACGCUGGUUUGCCCCUGGGCUCUACCAUCUGAUGCUAAACCCAAAGAGUGUCCAGAGCUGGUUUGUUCUCAACCCAGCAGAUCCUGAUGGUGAAGGUUGUGUUGAUUUGGACUUAAGGGCUUUGGAUUCCAUGUGGCAUUUCUGAGCCUGCUGUGGAGGCUUUUGUUUGUGGAACAGUGGAGCUGCAACCUCUGCUGCAGGCUCAGCUGUGCUCAGAAAGAGCAGGAGGUGCUUGGAGCCUGGUGAAAGGAGCUGAGGCAAACAGGGAAUGUGUGGUUGUUUAUAGAAAUGUGGCAGAGGGCAGGAAACAAUUGUUCUCAUUUGAGUGAAUAAGAAGUGGUGGCAUUGAGCAGUUCUGGGAAGUAAGGACCAAACCAAGGACACUUGAGGAAUCUUUUGUUAAAGGAAUUGAGGGUGCAGCAGCCAAACCAGCCUUGCCUUGGCUGUUCUCUGCCUGGGAUCUCCUCUCUGUGGGUUUGGGGAAGGUUCCCAGGGGAGAGCAGCCAAAAGGGAGGCAGUGCUGGCCCUUGACGUGGUGGAUCUUUGCAGACACACAGCAGUGACUGCAAAUGCCAUCUGGUUAGCAGAGGUGGGUGUUUCAGUAAAAGAAUGGACAGUUUGUUGUGCAUUGAUCUGGCCUGGUGGCAGCUCCUGUGCUCAGAACUGGGAGCAGCUGGGACACAGAGGGAUGCUGAGAUGGGUCUGGCUGCAGGUCUGGGGAGGAGCAGAGCCAGCAGAAACUUCCUUGACCUGCCAUGACUCCAUUUUUCCCUUCCCACAAGCUCCUUGUGGUGACACUCCCAAUUCCCAAACAUUAGUGGGAUGGUCAGUACUGUGUGUGCAUGGCAAGCUUUUAUCCUGAAGGAAAUCCUGUCACUUGCACUUCCAGGCAGCAGUUCCCCCACCUCUGUUCCUCACAAAAAUGCCUUUUUCAGACGGGACUUUUCCCAAGUCCUGGCAAUCUGUUGAUUUAUAUGGGUUAAAGUGAGCUGAUGUAGGAUUUUCCCUCACACACAGAAGAAGUAAAAAUGUAGAAUUGUUACCUCAGAGCUUCACGGGUACAAUACAGCGACACGUUACAAAAAAGAUGAGCAUAAUUUAUAUGAUAUAAAGUAUAUAGAGAUAUAUUUUUAAAAGUCCUCUCCCUUAUUGCAUAGUUUAUUGAAACCAAUGUGUUUCUGGUCCCAUUCCCUCUCACCACUGCUGCUGCCUGUGGCUUCUCACCCUUUCCUUCCCCUCAGACCCCAGAACUGUCCAGAAUCUUCCCUCCCAGCUCAUGUCCCUCACCCCUGAGCUUCUGGUGAUGCUGACAUGUGCACGGUGGGCCUGGAGUGUUUUGGUCACCAGUGGGGUUACUGGUGCAGCUGGGGUGGGGAUGUGGCAGUGGGUGGAUGGAGGGGGGCACAGCACCAGGCAGCAGCAGGACCUCUACAGGUGCCAUCCCCAGCAGCAAAGUGGCUCGUGCUGGUGUGCAGAGCUGGCAGCAGGGGCUCUUUGAGGUGCAGGGAGCAAGCAGGGAUCCCCUCCCACCCUGUUGGGGUUCCUCUCACUGGUUUAGUGGGGCCUUGGCCCGGUGCCUCCCCUUCCCUCCUGCUCUGCCUCGAUGGGACAGAGCAGGAGCUGGGCCAGGCAAUGCUGGAGCUGAAGUCACCAGAGCCAGAUGAAGAACAACUUGUUCUGAAGGGCUGGUGCUUCUGCAGCAUCCCACGUGGAGGCUGGAAAGGCUGUGUAGAGCAUUCAGCUAGUUUUUGCCAAUUCUUGUUACUUUCUACGAAAACGCAACUUUUUAAAAAGGAGUCUUUUCUUAAAAUCUGCUUGAUCUGCUGUGCAGUGCCUGAGCCUGGCUGUUUAACGUUGGGAUUCCCAGGAUUUGUCUGCAGGGACUUAAAAAUCUGGGAUGGUAACAGCAAUGCCCAAACACAAGGCAAAAAUCAUCUCAAUUGCCUGUCAGCAGUCCUGGCAGGUCAAGUGAGUUUCAGCUGAUCUUGUUGCAUUAAAAACCUGAGUUACACCAUUGCUUUCUCUUCUGCCAUUAAUUUUGCAAAGUAGUAACUUUUUACUUCCCUGUUUUUAUUCUUUUUCUGCACUCCAAAGGCUGUUGACAGCUGUGGUAUCUUUAAAGUGUGGGCACUUGACCCCACCUCUGCUCUCUCACACUUCACCAUCACGUGUGUUUGUGUCUUUUUUUUUUUUUAAGCUAAUGAUAAAAUGUAUUUAUUUUGGUUCAGGUUGUGUUUGGAACUGGCUAAUCUCUCCCUCUGAUGGAUUAUUUAUUAAACUGCUGCUUUCCUGUUGUGUCAAA